CAGCUCAGGCCGAGCAGGGCUGUCUCAGCUCCGUCGGAGGAGAGACACAUGGCUGCUUGAAGAGGAGCAGGCGAGGAAGACAAAGCCAGGGGAGCCCUUGGUCCCUCCCCCCUCCCCAAGCUCAGGAGAUGCAAUAGUUUUCCAACUUUACAGUCCUCACUUUCAAAUGAAGUCGCAGUCGCCGGAGGGCAGUUUUCUUCUCAGUGUGGAGUGUGCCCUCGCCACCUGACGUGUGCUCACCUGAGAGGACUUCUGAGGAGAGGACACUUGCAGGGUUUACACAGGGCUCUGAGAAGAGCAGGGAGACAUCGAGGUAAGGAUGGAGGACGGAGCCCAAGACAUCGGACAGACGACCAGCCAACAGGCUCUGUGUGAUUCCAGCAAUCAGAAGAGCAGAAAAUCCCCAGGCCUCUCCACUCUGAAACUGUUUAUCGUGGCCCUUUCCUUCGCCUACUUCUCCAAGGCCCUGACGGGCACCUACAUGAAGAGCUCCAUCACUCAGAUCGAGAGACGCUUCGACCUCUCCAGCACUCAGAUUGGGCUCAUAGAUGGCAGCUUUGAGAUGGGAAACUUGCUUUUUUUAGCCGUCGUCAGUCAUUUUGGGGCUAAGCUCCAUCGGCCACGACUCAUCGCUAUGGGCUGCUGUCUUAUGUCUGUUGGGACUUUUCUCACAGGCCUGACGCACUUCUUCAUGGGACGCUACACGUAUGACACAGUUAUUCAGGUCUACCAGAACGACAGCGUGAACAUCGCCGCCUGUGUGGAUCCUCUGACAAGUGCAGAAGAGCCAGCAAUUCUGACGACUCCUUCUGUGGAAGACAAUAAUGCCUGUGUGAGAGAGUCCGGCUCCAGCAUGUGGAUCUACGUGUUCCUGGGGAACGCCUUGCGAGGCAUCGGAGAAACUCCCGUCACACCUUUGGGCAUUUCCUACAUCGACGACUUUGCAAAACCCGAAAACUCCCCGUUCUACAUCGCUUGUCUUCAGACCAUUACUCUCCUUGGCCCCAUGUUUGGAUUCCUCCUGGGCUCCUAUUGUGCCAAACUAUAUGUUGACAUCGGAUAUGUUGAUAUGGAAAGUAUAACCAUCACUCUGGAAGACGCCCGCUGGGUGGGCGCCUGGUGGUUGGGCUUCAUGGUGUCUGCCGGCUUCCUCCUCAUCUCCAGCAUUCCCUUCUGGUUCUUGCCUCGCUCGCUGCCCAAACAGGGGGAUGAGGAGUUAAAGUCGACCCCCACAGUUGUGACACCAGAUGGGCCGGAAGAUGUGCCGCACGGUAACCACAACCUCAAGCUGACUGAAAUCGCUAAAGGGUUUCUUCCAUCGCUGAAGUGCCUGCUGGGAACUCCUACUUACUUCCUGCUUCUUUGUGCGAGCAUCCUGAAGUUCAACUCCUUCAUCGGACUGUUCACUUUCAAAGCCAAAUACAUGGAGCAGCAGUUUGGACAGUCUGCAUCCAGAGCUAACUUCCUUAUAGGUGUGUUAAACCUGCCGGCAGUUGCAGUGGGGAUCUUCCUGGGAGGACUUCUGAUGAGGAGGUACAAGCUGAGUGUGGUUUCAGGAGCUCAGCUCUCCUUUGGCACAUCCUUCAUGGCAUAUCUCCUCUUACUGCUGCAGUUUGGUACCAAGUGCGACAACAUGCCUAUUGCUGGCCUCACUGUCUCAUACAACGGGACACAGAGUGUUUCAUACAAUGAAGAGACGCUCUUCUCCGAGUGUAACCGAGACUGUUCGUGUUCAACAAACGAGUGGGACCCCGUCUGCUCGGACAACGGGAUCACUUACAUCUCCCCGUGUUUGGCUGGCUGCCUCAGCUCCAGUGGAUACAGCAAGGAUACAGUCUUCCACAACUGCAGCUGCGUGUCCGCCUCCUUCCCAGCAGGCAGCUCUAUGUCUGUGAGGCUGGGCCAGUGUCCUCGUGCCAAGGACUGCCGCCGCAGUUUUACCUCCUACAUGGCUGUGUCUGUGCUCAGCUCCUUUAUCAACUCUCUGGGAGCCACUCCUGGAUAUAUGGUCAUCAUACGAUGCAUCUCACCAGAGCUGAAAUCACUGGCACUGGGGAUUCAGACCUUGGUAACAAGGACUCUUGGUGGAAUUCCAGCUCCGGUGUACUUUGGAGCUCUGAUUGAUUCGACUUGUCUGAAGUGGUCGGUUAAGAAGUGUGGGGGCAGGGGAGCAUGCCGCAUUUACAACUCCGAUAUGUACAGGAUCGUGUUCUUGAGUCUGAUCACGUGUCUCAGCGGCUCCUCCUAUUUCUUCAUGACGGCGGUCAUCAUCCUCCUCAGACGACAGUUUUGGCAACCAGCGGGGGAACCAAUGACACAGAAAGGAAACGCUUCAAAGGAAAUAGAACUUAAGACUCCGUCAAAGCCCACCGAGGAGACCGGUGUUAGCCCCGGAAGUCCAAAGCUGGUUCCCGCCCCGAAGGUGGGUGUUAGGUUUUCCAGGGAUUUGAGAGAAGAAGAGGUUGAUAAGGCGGAGGAGCUCUCUCAAGGAUAUGAACCCAUCUCCACAAACACCACGCAGAAGCCUCAAAGCCUCACAGAGACUACGACCGAAGUCACCCUCCAUUCUUCCUUUGGAGGAAACGGGGAGGUGGAGUGUGAGGAAACUUUAUCAGACGUUGAAAACGAAAGACCGGCUCAUUGCACAGAUGAUAAGAACAAGUUAGAGAAUGGAAGUUAGCAAAAAAAAAAGAAUAAAUAAAUAAAAACUCUGGUGUUUUUUCUGGAUAAAAACCAGGUUCAUGUAGUUUCAAAUACAGAAUCAAACAAAGCCAAUUUCAUUUAUUUUACAUUUAAAUGAAUAGCGCUGGGUGCUAGCGAAAUUUCCCCUUCAUUUAUUUCACAACAGAUAAUUUAUCAUCCUAACGUUAAGAAUAUUGAAUCUUUCUUGGACAACAGUGAAAGGAAAAUACAACUCUGACUUCAACACAGUUUACAAUACAGCUAAAGCCGGUGUUAGAAGUGAUGUAAUAGUAAUGCAGAUGCUCGUUGUCCUUCAGGAACUCUAACUAGCACAGGAAUAGCGUAAAAAAAAAGAGACUCUGACUCUUUCCUGGAAGAAAACCUCAGUUAUCUGUGCACAAGCUUGUCCCGAAAAGGAUCAUCAACUUUGGACGAGCCGUUAUGAAGCCAAGUUUGGGUCACCAAUUUGUUUUCUCUUUCUGUGUUUUUAGUCGGAAAAGCAAAGGAAUAGACAACUCGGUUAGAUUAGCCAGUAGCCCCUCGCUUAUUUUGCAGUCGGGCUUGCUUGUUUCUGUUCUCCGGAGCACAGAGCUUCCUCCCAAGUCCCAGGAGUCUGAGCGUUUCAUGUCAGUCCCCUGCUCCAGGGCCUCGUGUCUUCAGUAGCCGUAAUUGGCAACGCGUCCUUGGCAAAGGACUUUCCCCUGGAAGUUGUACCCACAACACUGCCAGAAGAGGGAAAUGCUUUUGAACCUAUUAUAAGCCACUCCGUACAAUCAAA